GGACGGACCCGGACCGGAAGGAGCGGGCCAGCGGCGCGGCAUCAUGGCGGGCCCGGUCAGCCUGCGGGAGCUGCUGCUCGGGGCAGCGGCCGGGGCCGGGGCUGCGAGCCCCGCAGGCUCGCCGGCGGAGGGCAGCGGCGGCGGAACGGGUGGGGCGGAGCCGCCGUGGCGGGAGGAUGAGAUCUGCGUGGUGGGAAUCUUCGGCAAGACGGCGCUGCGCCUCAGCUCCGAGAAGUUCUCGCUGGUGAACACCGUGUGCGACCGGCAGGUCUUCCCCCUGUUUCGCUGUCAGGACCCGGCGGAACCAGGGCCGGGGUCGGGCGCCGAGGCCGGAACCGUGGGGGAGGCCGGCGGAGCCGGGGACGCCGGGGCCGGCGGCGGGGAGUCGGCGCGGGCGGGCGCGGCAGCCCCCGAAACGACCAAGGAGGACCCGACCUCCCAGGACUACAGCCUCCUCCAGGCCUACUACAACCAAGAAAGCAAAGUCCUGUACCUGCUGCUGACGUCCAUCUGUGACAACUCGCAGCUGCUCCGGGCCUGCCGGGCCCUGCAGAGCGGAGAGGUGGGAGGGGGCCUCUCGUCUCUGCCUCACGCCGAAGCCCACGAGUUCUGGAAGCACCAAGAGAAGCUGCAGUGCCUCAGCCUCCUCUACCUCUUCUCCGUCUGUCACAUCCUGCUCUUGGUCCACCCCACCUGCUCCUUCGAUAUCACUUACGACCGGGUCUUCCGAGCUCUGGAUGGGUUGAGGCAAAAGGUGCUGCCCCUCCUCAAGACUGCCAUCAAGGACUGCCCGGUGGGCAAGGACUGGAAGCUAAACUGCCGGCCUUGCCCGCCCAGACUCCUCUUUCUCUUUCAACUCAACGGGGCUCUCAAGGUGGACCCUCCCCGGAACCAAGACCCAGCCCACCCAGAUAAACCCAAGAAGCACUCCCCCAAAAGGAGGCUCCAGCACGCCCUGGAGGACCAGAUCUACCGCAUUUUCCGCAAGAGUCGAGUCCUGACCAAUCAGAGUAUCAACUGCCUCUUCACCGUUCCUGCCAACCAGGCUUUUGUGUACAUUGUCCCUGGGGGGCAGGAGGAAGACCCAGUGGGCAUGUUGCUGGACCAGCUUCGGAGCCACUGCACUGUGAAAGACCCCGAGUCCCUGUUGGUCCCUGCACCCCUCUCUGGCCCGAGGCGAUACCAAGUGAUGAGACAGCACAGUCGGCAACAGCUUUCCUUCCACAUAGAGAACAGCAGCAGCUCCAGCUCUUCUUCAGGGCAGCUCGUGGAUUUCACCCUCCGAGAAUUUCUGUGGCAGCACGUUGAGCUGGUACUGAGCAAGAAAGGUUUUGAUGACAGUGUGGGCAGGAAUCCGCAGCCUUCGCACUUUGAACUCCCGACCUAUCAGAAGUGGAUUGCAGCUGCUUCAAAAUUAUACGAAGUGGCCAUUGAUGGGAAAGAGGAAGAUCCCGCUUCUCCCACAGGAGAAAUUACCUCCAAGAUUUUAAGCAGUAUCAAAGUUCUGGAGGGUUUUUUGGAUAUUGAUACAAAGUUCUCAGAAAACCGGUGCCAGAAAGCAUUGCCCAUGGCUCACAGUGCCUACCAGUCCAAUCUGCCCCAUAAUUACACAAUGACUGUCCAUAAGAAUCAGCUUGCCCAGGCUCUUAGGGUCUAUAGUCAACAUGCCCGGGGCCCCGCCUUUCACAAGUAUGCCAUGCAGUUGCAUGAGGACUGCUACAAAUUUUGGAGCAAUGGCCACCAGCUUUGUGAGGAGAGGAGCUUAACAGAUCAACACUGUGUACAUAAAUUUCACUCACUACCUAAAUCAGGAGAAAAGCCGGAAGCUGACAGAAAUCCUCCUGUCUUGUAUCACAACAGCAGAGCUCGGUCCACUGGUGCCUGUAACUGUGGAAGGAAACAAGCACCUCGAGACGACCCCUUUGAUAUCAAAGCAGCUAAUUAUGACUUUUAUCAGCUUCUAGAAGAAAAAUGUUGUGGAAAACUGGAUCAUAUCAAUUUCCCAAUAUUUGAGCCAAGUACCCCUGAUCCUGCUCCUGCCAAAAAUGAAUCAUCACCUGCUCCUCCAGAUACAGACGCUGAGAAACUUAAAGAAAAAGAACCUCAAACCCAAGGAGACAGCACAAGUCUGAGUUUAGCAUUGAGUCUUGGUCAGUCCACUGACAGCUUAGGCACAUAUCCGGCUGAUCCACAAGCAGGAGGAGACAACCCUGAAGCUCAUGGACAAGGGGAAGUAAAAACUGAGAAACGUCCAAAUUUGGUUGAUCGUCAGGCAUCCACAGUUGAGUACCUCCCAGGCAUGCUACAUUCAAAUUGUCCUAAAGGUCUUUUACCCAAAUUUUCCAGCUGGUCUUUGGUCAAACUAGGCCCUGCCAAGUCUUAUAACUUUCACACUGGCUUAGACCAACAGGGUUUCAUUCCCGGAACAAAUUAUCUUAUGCCUUGGGACAUUGUCAUCAGGACAAGAUCUGAAGAUGAAGGAGACUUAGACACAAACUCUUGGCCAGCUCCAAAUAAGGCUGUUCCUGGAAAGAGAAGUUCAGUUGUCAUGGGAAGAGGAAGGCGGCGAGAUGACAUAGCUAGAGCUUUUGUGGGAUUUGAAUAUGAAGACUCUCGUGGUCGGAGGUUCAUGUGCUCUGGCCCUGACAAAGUGAUGAAAGUAAUGGGAAGUGGGCCAAAGGAAUCUGCAAUCAAAGCCCUCAAUAGUGAUAUGCCUUUAUAUAUUCUGUCAUCAUCUCAGGGUCGAGGACUAAAACCACACUAUGCUCAACUUAUGAGACUUUUUAUUGUGGUUCCUGAUGCUCCUUUACAAAUAAUAUUAACGCCUCAGGUUCAACCAGGUCCACCACCUUGUCCAGUAUUCUACCCUGAGAAGCAGGAAAUCACCCUUCCACCUGAUGGAUUGUGGGUACUACGCUUCCCUUAUGCUUAUGUGACUGAUCGUGGACCUUGUUUUCCUCCCAAGGAAAAUGUGCAGUUAAUGAGCUACAAGGUCAUCCGAGGGGUUCUUAAAGCAGUUACACAGUAGUGUUUUCCAAGCAGAUCAAUCCUAUUCUUAAACUCCUUUUUCAACUCAACAUGGCUUUUAAUUACAAGGGUUAACAUCUGGACAGUAAUUGUUCCAUUUUUGGGGAAUCUUGUUGCUAUUUAUUGGGAAUACAAUUCAUCUUCCUAAUAAAAAUUGGAUGUUCUCAAAAGGAACAAGAAAGAUACUGUUAUUACUGUUGAUCCCUCUUAUUUCCUUCUGUGUGUUUCAGUGUUCUACAUUAAAACGUUAUCUUCUGUAUUUGAAUUUGCAUCCCCAAAUGUUGAAAGAUGAAAGAUAAUCCUGGUAUUGGAUAAAAUAGAUGUUUGGACUAAGAUUUUUGUCAAGAGAUAGUUAUUAAAAAUUUCCUCAAAAUAGAGUCAAAUUUGGUAAGAUUAAUCUAGUAAGAAUGAAAGGUGGUUUAAUUUCUUAAAUUAAAUACUAAUUUAUUAAUACUAUUUUAUCUGUUAAAGCUUUUUUUAUGGGAGUUGUUUUCUUUGUUUUUUUUCAGACCAUUACAUUCUUGGGUCAUAGAUGGACUGGUUUUUAAAACAGGCACUGAAAUUUAUUGAAAUAAUCAUAUUAGUCCAAAAUGUUAACAUAAAACUAUAUUUUUGACAUUUGUGCCAUUCAUUGAGACAUAGAAUCAAUCUUAACCCUUGAUGGUAGGUAUGAAUAAAGAUAGAAGUGCUGAUGUGACAGACUUAUUUGAUAACCUUUUCAGCAUAAAUGAACAGCCCUAGAUACCAGCAAAAUUAAAUUAUUCUUUUCUCUUGUUUAUUGAUGCUUUUUCCUUUUAAAAAAUAUCAUUGUCAUUUCCCAAUCUUUCUCUUAUCCCCCAAAUAGAAGCUUUCUGUAUACCAAAUGAGUACAGUCAGGAAAUUCUAAUUAACACCAUAUUAGCUAUAUCUGAAAAUAUAUGCCUUAUUCUGUAUAUAUUGCUACCACCUCGUUGCCUAGGCAGAAAGAAGCAUCCUUUCCAUAAAGUCCUCUGCAAUCACGAUCGGGCACUGCAUUGAUACAGAGUUCUGGGGCAUUUUAAUUUUUUGUUUUGCUACACUGUCGUGAUGGUUAUGUAAAUAGUUCUCUUGAGUGUGUUCUAUAUCAGUUCAGUCUUUACAAUUUUGUGAGAUUUUGUCAUUUUUAUGGCGUAGUAAUAUUCCUUGGAGUAGCUAGAUGGCGCAGUGGAUAGAGUUUUGGUAUCUGGAGUCACUUGAGUCAGUAAGACUUCUCUUCCUAAGAUCAAAUCUGGUCUUGGACACUUACUGGCUGUGUGACUUUGAACAAGUCACU